UGGGACCAUCUCAAGUUCUAGAAACUGGAAGAUGAUAACAAGCAUUAGAGCAGGCAUUGGUUGCGGAGUCGGCAUUAAUGUGUAGGCCCAUUAAAAUGAAUACGGGCCCAAUGUGUAGGCCCAUUAAAGUUAUUGUACGCGAGGAUAAGAGAUUUCAAUAUAGCUUAAGCGCUGAAGCUGCUGAUAAGGCUUUCGUUACUCUGCAAACAUGGCGACGAGCUCUCGUCUUCUUCCUCAGGCACUGCAUAUGUUACCGAGAAUCCCUAGUAAGAAUCUAGGUGUUUCGUCAUUUACACCAUCAGUGAACUCUCGGAUAUCAUUUUCUACGGUUUCACUAAGUCAUUCCGGCUCCAGCUUUGGCUUCGCGAUCGAUUCCAGGAAGAAAAGGGAGUUUAUCGCUAAAGCCGAAGAGAGCACUGAAGGUGAAGACACUGAAGAAGCAGUUACGGAGGAUGUUGCUGAAACAGAAGAAGCCACUGAGGUGGAGGAAGCAAAAACUCCGUGGAAGCCAAGGACCAAGCUCGGAGAUGUCAUGGGGAUACUGAACCAGAAAGCAAUUGAGGUUUCAGAGAAAGUAAGACCGGUUCCAGAGAUUAGGACAGGGGACAUUGUGGAGAUCAAACUGGAAGUUCCUGAGAACAGACGUAGGCUAUCGAUCUACAAAGGUAUAGUGAUGUCUAGGCAAAACGCAGGCAUCCACACUACUAUUCGUAUCCGGAGAAUCAUUGCAGGCAUUGGUGUUGAGAUCGUCUUUCCUAUAUACUCACCAAACAUAAAGGAGAUAAAAGUGGUGAGUCACAGGAAAGUGAGAAGAGCAAGGCUUUACUAUCUGAGGGACAAACUUCCUCGUCUCUCUACUUUUAAAUGAGCACCACCAGUCUUAUGCUGUCUUCAACCUCCAAAGGUAGCUAAGCUAAGCCACUCUUGUUUCCACCCUCUUCUUUGUAAGAAUUGUUUGUUUGUUUGGUUGUCUUUUGGAUUUUGUUUCUCUUCAUGUAAUAAUAUUACAGUGACAUAUGAGAAAAGUAAAUCAAAAUGCUUGGUGAGGCUCCCUGUUGAAGUUUUAA